ACGUUUCAAGCAAUUGAGCGCGUUUCAAUGCGGCACUGUCAGCUCGCUUAUCGCGCCUACGUGCGCGCUAUUUUGUGUGCUCUCCGUUUAAGUUCAACGAAAACGUGUGCACAUUCGUAUAUGAAACGCAUGAAAACGGAAAAAAUCUAGUUCUUGUUGAAGUGUUGCUAAGUCAAAACGUAACUUUGUUUCUUAAUUGUGACGGUGUGAAGCGUUUACGAUAAUGGUUAUAGACGAUUUGAAGUUAAUUCGUGAAGUAAAAAUACGACCAUAUUUCUAUGUGAAAGGCUUAACUGGCUAUCGAAAUUCGACGCUACGCAAAAAAGGUUGGGAACAGAUUGGCGGCAUUUUCGAAACAACGGGCGAAGAAUGUUGCACACGUUGGCGUGUUAUAAGAGACCGUUACGUAAAAUUGAUUGCCAAAAAAGGUGCGAACAAACCCUUAACGGGUUACGAUGAAAACUGGACACUUUACAAGCAUUUAGGCUUUCUAAAGGCACACAUUAAGCCUAGAACUUAUAAGUUCAAGCAGAGCGCUGCUAACGCUGAAGCUGAAGAUGAAGUUGACGAGCACGAGUUUAUACAAAACAUUUCCUAUGAAGACACUUUCGAUGAAGAGCUAACCAAAUAUGAGUCCAGCGUGGAGGCUGAGGAAUCGCUUAUGUCCAUACCUGAUAUGGAUUGUAAUGAUGAUUUGCCAAUCGAAAUCACCACGGCUGAACCGUACGUGCAAUCCACCGUACCUGACGUAACACCGCAAUGUAGUGAAUUCCAAGAAAAAUUUUCAGCUUUUACAAAGAGAGUGGAAUUCUUGCUGAAGCAGCGGCAGACCAACGCGUCGGAUGAUAAAAAUGAAGCUUUCUAUCGUAUGAUCGGCGUUAAGCUGGCCGAAUUGCCGGAAGAUGAGCAGGAAGAUGCCAAAUUGCACAUCAUCUCGCACGUUUUCGAAAGGGUGAAGACGUAUAAACAAAAGAUGCGCUCGCUUAAUAGUACACAUAAUUAGCUGCUAAAAUGUAAUGUCGAAACUUAAGUUUUUUUGUUUCUUGUAAUAACGUUUUAUGUUAAAAUAAAGACUGUUUGUAAAAGUGAAACUACAUAUGUAUAGAGCGCUGUUGCAAGUUGGAUAACUAUGUAUAUGCGUAUUUAUAUACAUAUGUAUGUAUGUAUAUGAACUUGUAUACUUGACUUGCUAGUCUUCCGUUUGUGGACUAUAUUCGUAUUCGUUUUGAGUUUGCAGAAAAGGGGCCUGUUACCAUAUGCGCUCAGCGCGAAAACAGCUGUUCGCGCCGCACUCGCAGGCCGGUUCUGAGCAGUGUCUGUUUCGCUAUAUACUUUUGCAGACAGAAAUCUAUAUACAUAAGCAGUAAAUAUAUGCAAAGGCUACACCGAAACUCGUUCCAUAACGACUUUGCCCUUUGAGUGCACUUGUCUCUGAUUGAGUGAGAAAAAGCUUGCUGAGCAUACAGCAAAAGUAAAAGAGUACAAUUGUUUGCAUGCCCGUAUUGUAGCCACUUUUGCUCUUUGCUCAUUGCCCAUUGUUGGCAGCUCGCUGCAAAGAACACAGAUUUAGCAAAUAACUACUUGCACUAAAUACUAAAAACACACAGCUUCGCCAACUGCCACAAUUAUUAUGAGUAUUUUCUAUAUUGAGUGAGACCAGUUGUGAGCAUGAGUGAGUUCGUUUCGGCAGCAAAUAAAAUAUAUAAAUAUGUGAAUAUAUUUUUAACUAUGCUUGAAGUGAAGUGUGCGCGAAUAGGAACCUCCACUAUAAAAAUACAAUAUUUAUGAGUAGCUGUGGAAAUUUUGUACACUUUUGGGUUUAGUCGAUAUAAAGCACCGUAACAGUGUACAACGAAAAUUGGGAAAAGUGAAUAGCCACUGGGUUGUUCAGUCAUGAGCAAUUCAGUUGGAGGAAAUUUACGUAAAAUUUUAAUAGAACAGCUAAAAGCAAAUUGCGUAAAUUCUAUUUUAGAGUUCUACAGCGAACGAAAACGAAUUAAAACAGUCGAAAAUAUGUCAUAAAUACGACAUAAAUUAAGUCGAUCGAAAUUUUCGAAAUAGCUGUGAUAUUUUUUAUUUUUGAAUUUCCAACUUAUACGGUUGGUUGAGAUUUUCCUAAAAUUUUCAAUGAUUUAUGAUUUAUGUCGCUAAGCACAAGUUGUGUUCGUGGCUAGUGCUGUAGGCGGAAGAGCUGAGCUGCGUAUGGAAAAAAAUGCAAAGCUGCACAGUAACGGAGCUGGCUAUGUGGACAGUUAAGCAACGGCCUAGUUACAAUGACGGUCGCUCACAACAACUGACACACCCGGCUCCACUUCACUCCGCGGGCAACAACACGAGCAUAACAGUGAUAUUUUAAUCAAGUGUUUGCUUGCAACCUUUGACCACUCAAAUACACAAAUAGCAUGCAACUGCUUUAAUUGCUGUUCAGGCGAUUUUCAAAUGCUAGUUUGUAAGCAACUGGCCGACUGUGAUAUUUUACGCGUGUUUAUCGUGAAUCUAAAAGCAAGGAAAAAACUAAAAAUUGCUGCAUGUAAUAUAUACAAUGGCAUAUUACACGGCUAAUUUUUGCUUUGCUCUGCACAUUUGGAUUCUUGAUAAAUUGUGAUAAGUAGCUGUGAUAUAUUUUGUGUUCAUUUUUUGUAUAAAACUGGAAAAAACAACACAAAAAAAUUGAAAAACAAAAUAAAAGUAGAAAAAAUAAAAGUAAACUUAAAACUGAAAAA